GACGGAGUCGAGGGUACGCAGCUCGGGAGAGUGUCUCCCAUCAACACACACCAGCACGAUGUCGUCAUCGGCGACAACUUUGGGGGCCAAGAAGAGAGAAAUCUGCGUGAAAAAGUAUAUCCAGUUACUGCUGGUUACAGUCCGGAUGACGCUGCAUCUUCUCCCUUAAUGCCGUCUUUAUACGAUUUUCAGAACGCCCCGCGGGCCCACAACACAGACAAGUCACAGUCAAUCAUACAUCAUGGACAACCAGAUGAUUCCCAGCCCUGGACCACCCCCGAAAUCAAGGGCAUUCGCCCAGCUGCAAUGGCUGGACACACCAACAAGAUGAGAUACUACAAUGACUGGUGGUUUUGGGAGACGUCUGGCGCCAUCCUAAGUAUGCUCUGCAUGAUCAGCGUUAUAAUCAUGCUCCGUCAAGUCAACAACACGCCACUCCACCAAUGGAAUUUUUACUUCCAACCAAACGCUGUCAUCUCCGCUUUCGUUGUGGUCUCAAAGACAGCAAUGCUAUUAGCUGUGGCCGAAAGCCUUAGCCAGUUGAAAUGGCUGUACUUUUUCAAAGGCACCCACAAACUCAAAGACCUGGAAGCAUUCGAAGAGGCAAGCCGAGGCCCAUGGGGCGCUUUUGUGUUUUUGUGGCGCUUGAAAAAAUGGAACCCGCUUGCGCUGGUCGGUUGUGUGGUUAUGAUCGCAGCGCUCGCAAUGGACCCUUUUGCCCAGCAAAUUGUCUCUUUUCCGGUCCGUUAUGAGCGUGACGCGAACGCUACCGCCUCAAUAGCUGUCACUAAUGCUUAUCAACUCGUUGUUUACCGCAAGACUACAUCUUCUGGAGAGAUUUAUGAUGUGAACAUGGUCGGAGCAUUUUACAGUGGCCUUUUCAACAAGAGUGCACCACUUGACUUCCUCUGUCCGUCUGCGAAUUGCACAUGGGACCCGUUUUACACACUUGGAUUGAGUGCUGAGUGUAAAGACGUCAGUAGGAGCACUGAAAUACAACCUAAUAAAUGCUCUGAAGAUGAUAGUAGUGCAAACGACGAUGAACGCUGCACCAGGUUUACUUUGACUACUCCGAGAAACAUCAGCGUUUCAGCCGUUGCGUAUAAGAAGCCACUGGAAUUCAACAGCACGCGUUUUUCUAUAUCUACAAUCUCACCAUCGGCAAGCGAUUGGUCGAGGUCUGGCGUUGUUACGCAAGAAAAUAAUACUAUUGCGUUGGUUGCGCUUGCAUAUCUGCCUUACGACGAACUUCAGGACCGGGCUACAGCAACAAAGAUGUACAAAACCCUUACCAACGUCACGGAAUGCAAAAUCAGAUGGUGUGCAAAACGCUACACGAACAUAGCUGUGCUCAACGGUGCUCUCAACAGCUUCACAGUAGAAGACAUACCCUUCGCCUCGGUAUCAUAUGCACCGCUCGAAUAUUCCAUUCGUGGUACAUUAAAUCCCAACGCCCAUUCGUCCUUCAAGGACAACAUCUUCCACAUUGACACCCGCAAAACAACUGCGCUACAAGACCUCUUCCUCACAUCACUUAAUCUCAACUCUACCUUGGGCGGAGAUGAUAACUGGAGCAACGCGCUUACGCGCCUUUUCUACGAAAGCACCAACACCACCGGGGUAAUCCAAAACAUUGCCGCCAGCUUGACGGACAACUUACGGCACAACGAGAACAACACAACAGCAAAAGGCCACGUAAUCAAGCCCGUUGCAUAUAUAAAAGCACACUGGGUGUGGAUCUCCCUCCCUGUCAUGCUUGUAGUUAUCAGCAUGGGUUUUCUGGGAUAUACAAUUUGGGCAACCACCCAUGCUCGGGCACCACUGUGGAAAUCUGGCCUUCUUCCGCUAUUGUUUCAUACUUUGGAGGGAUGGAAACGUGAAGAGUUAGAAGCCGAGACUAAACCGCUUAUUAAUGAUGCCGCGGAAGAGAUGCACGCAAGGUUGGAGAAGAAUGAGAAUGGGGAAUUGAGGUUUCGGAAGAGUGAACUCUUGUAGAACUUGCGGGAAAUUAUCAAGUUGACUACCCUUUAGUAUUAUUUUAUGCUUACCGGUCACUGUUAUCUCCUUCUCGGGGGUUUAGUUUUGUAUCGUCCGGAAUAUUUUGCCCACCCC